UGCGUUGGUCUGACCCAGUAUGAGUGUGUGAAAGUGUGUUUGAAUGAGUGUGUGUUCUGACAGCAGCUGGCAGAGGUGACAUUCAUCAGUUUCACUCGUUUGGAAUAAAUGAAAAUCAAAAUCCGGAUAUUUACAUGAACCAGCGAUGCCCUGUGUACAAACCCAGUAUGCAUCUCUGCCCCAUGAUACCUACUUCAGCUCUGAGUUCUUGAAUCCUGACCUCAGUGCCAAACUGGUGAUGGACAUCAGUGGCCAAAAGGACCAGCUGUCUACAUCUUCGUUGCCCAGCAUCAACACCUUGGUGGGAAAUGGCUAUGUGGGGGAGUUUGAUACUUAUUCCUGCAAGAUUACCACCUCUCCUCCCGCCUCUACGGUUUCAUUCAGCCACGCCGCAGUAGCUGAAAGCUCCUGCCCUCAGAUGCAGAGCCAAGCCUUCAAGCUGGACGAUCUCCAGGUGUACGGCUGCUACCCAGGCUCCUUUGCGUUGAGCUGCCUUGAUGAAACUCUGUCGUCAUGUGGCUCCGACUACUAUGGCAGCCCGGUUUAUGCCGCUGCUUCCCCUCCAACAACAGACUUUCAGGCCCAGUCUGCACCUGUCUGGGAUUCCCCUUUCAGCCCCUACCCCUCCACCACCUCAUCCUCUGUGGCUGAUAAGGCCGCCAUGGCUCAGCAGCUUUCCUUUUUCACCUUCAGCCCCACGCCAGACCAGCACUCUCCCCUGGGCCAGCAUCAGGAUGCUCAGCCAGGUCACAAUGACCCUUUCUUCCUGCCUCCUCAGCAGCAUGUCUCUCCACUUCAUUGUCCCCCCAUGUCACUGGAGCACGGAUCCCUGGAGAGCUCCAGGCUAGUGGAGGGGACCAUGACGUCUCCCAAAACCCACAAUCCAGGAUCCAGUGAGGGUCGUUGUGCAGUUUGUGGUGACAAUGCAUCCUGUCAGCACUAUGGAGUGCGCACCUGUGAGGGCUGCAAAGGUUUUUUCAAGCGAACUGUACAGAAAAAUGCAAAGUAUGUGUGCCUCGCCAAUAAAGACUGUCCUGUGGACAAGAGGAGGAGAAACCGCUGCCAGUUCUGCCGUUUCCAGAAAUGUCUUGCAGUGGGAAUGGUCAAAGAAGUUGUUCGCACAGACAGCCUCAAAGGUCGCCGUGGGCGUCUGCCGUCCAAGCCCAAAACUGUGGCUGAAGCUUCAUCCACAACCUCCAGUGUUAACAUCAUAGCCUCUCUUGUCAGGGCUCAUCUCGACUCAAACCCAACCAUUGGGAAGCUUGACUACUCAGAGUACCAGGAGACAGUGGACAACUUGAAAGAAAAGGAGGAUGCUGGUGACAUCCAGCAGUUUUAUGACCUGUUGACCGGUGCUUUGGAUGUCAUAAGAAAUUGGGCUGAAACAAUCCCAGGAUUCACAGAUUUCUGCACAGAAGACCAGGAGCUGCUCCUUGAAUCUGCCUUUGUUGAACUCUUCAUUCUGCGACUCGCAUACAGGUCAAAUCCCGAGAAGAACAAGCUGAUCUUCUGUAACGGUGUGGUCCUCCACCGGCUGCAGUGCGUCCGCAGUUUUGGUGACUGGAUUGACUCCAUCAUGGAUUUCUCCCAGAGCCUUCAUCGCAUGAACUUAGAUGUCUCAUUGUUCGCCUGCCUGGCAGCGUUAGUUAUUAUCACUGAUCGCCAUGGCCUCAAAGAGCCCAAACGCGUGGAGGACUUUCAGAGUCAUCUCAUCACUUGUUUAAGGGAACAUGUGAACGGAAAUGGAUCAGAACCGAGCCGGACCCAGCCCAACUAUCUUUCUCGUCUUCUGGGCAAACUCCCUGAACUGAGGACUCUGUGCACACAGGGCCUGCAGCGCAUCUUCUACCUGAAACUGGAGGACCUAGUCCCCCCUCCACCAAUAGUGGAGAAAAUCUUUAUGGAUACUCUGCCGUUCUGAAUAAGCACAAGCACAAAUGUGCCAUUAGUAAAAACAAUGGACACAAAGCACCUAAAGUGAACCUCUUUCUAUCACACUGACUCAUGUGCUGACAAAUGUUUGACAUUGUUCAAGAUUAUUUUUCUAACACAGUACCUGUGAGAGUAACACAUAAACAUCUAUUUCAGUUCAAUGAAACUGUCACAGACAGAACUGAGAUGGUUUUAACAGUUCAGGACACAGUUUAUAUAUAUUUUUGUGUGCAUUUGUAAAAUGACUUUAUUGCUGUGCUCAAUGUGUGAAUGUUGUCCUGCUAUGCAGCUAGUAAGACAUAUUUGGGUAGAGGCAAAGCAGCGUUACAUAUUCAGCUUUUCCUAAAAACAAAAGAAACACACUAAUCUCUUAAAAAGCAUGUUUUUAAAGUUGCUUUGAUCCCACUAAGAAGCUGAGAUAGCUGAUUAUUUAGUAGAAAAAGGCAGACAGAAUCACAUAUCUUGUUUCUCUAAAGAACUGUGGUGUCCUACUUUUCAAUAGGGAAAUAUUUACUAAGUUCUUUGUAUCACAAAAAGUAGUUUUAGUCCUAAUUGUGUCCUGUGGAAGGUCUCGGACCAAAGUUAACUCUUAUUUUGAUACUACCACUUACAAACCUUAUUGCCUUAACAAAAUGCUAACAAAAUGUUACGCCAUAACUCCUGUGCUGCCAUUUUGCAACAUGGCUGUCUUGUAAAGGCUGUUGCUGGCAGGGUUCCUGUUGAAUCACAUGUCCCUGUGAUGACAUACUUUGUUGGAUUUUAAAAACAAAAAUGGACUUGCUGAAUGAAAAUGCGAAGUGCCUUAUAAAGCCUCAGUUCUCAAACCAUAAAAAGUGACACUAAGUGAAUUUCCAUUCCAAAUAUAACACACAGUGAGACCCAAUUAUUACAGACCUGAAAUAAUCUAUUUUAAUGUCACCUUCAAAAUUCAUUUCAUAUUUGAAUAUGAUGUCAGGUCUGUGCCAGUUUUUGUUACAAAGUGCCUGAGGCAUGUGAUUGUCAACGCACUUUGACAAAGAGCAUACAGUACUUGAAAGCACACUUCACAGUGCUAAACAGGGAAGACAUCGAGUGAUCACUGGGGCUUUAGGAUCUACAAGAACUAAAUCAUGUUCCUGAGAUGGGAAAUUCAAAACAGAAGCGUCCCGUUUUAAAUGAAGUCAAAGCACAUUUCACGAGUCUCCCUGUACACAACAAAUAGAUAUAGUCUACCCUAAAUUAUUUGUUUUUACCCAUCAAUGCUUAAAAAUCCGUGUGCAUAAGCAGACGUUUCAUGUUUGGCAUCCACUGGUUUCUUGUCUUUGGCUGCAAACACAUAACCUUGCAUGUGUCUGUAAAGCUCUCCUACUGUCUUCCACAUUCUUCUGAGUUGUGCAGUUUUUAUAUGUUGGAUUUGUUUUGUAUUUUCAUCUCAAAAUGAACUAAAGAAAUCUUAAGGAAUCACAGUGACGUGAUGAGAAGAUGAGCAGCUAAGAGCACUUCAAACAGUGUGCAAACAAUAUGAAUAUUUUUCUCUCUCUGUAUGUGUUUUGUUUGGGACAUGUGUGUGUGAAAUACUGCCAGGGCUUUCGUAAAAUGGUGCAGAAGUGUUAAAAGCAUAGACUCUUUAUAUACCGUCUAUGGUUAAAAAACAGAGAAUAUUUGAUAUUAAAUCUUUUUUGAAAAUA